CCCCUGGUUGACAAAAGCCAUCUCGCCAGCCAUCCCAGUGUACAAUGGGCUCGUGUUCUUGUUUGUACUGGCAAACUUCAGCAUGGCAACUUUCAUGGACCCUGGAGUUUUCCCACGAGCAGAUGAAGAUGAAGAUAAAGACGAUGACUUCCGAGCUCCACUCUACAAGAAUGUGGAGAUUAAAGGAAUCCAAGUACGGAUGAAAUGGUGUGCCACCUGCCACUUCUACCGUCCUCCACGCUGCUCUCACUGCAGUGUCUGUGACAACUGUGUUGAGGAUUUUGACCACCACUGCCCAUGGGUCAACAAUUGCAUAGGACGGAGGAACUACCGCUAUUUUUUUCUCUUCUUGCUGUCCUUAAGUACGCACAUGGUUGGAGUAUUCACCUUUGGGCUCAUCUUUGUACUAAACCAUAUGGAAAAGCUGGGAGCAGCUCAUACUACCAUUACAAUGGCUGUCAUGUGUGUGGCUGGGUUAUUCUUUAUUCCAGUCAUUGGUCUCACUGGCUUCCAUAUUGUUCUAGUGGCCCGAGGGCGCACAACGAAUGAACAGGUGACAGGUAAAUUCCGUGGGGGAGUGAAUCCUUUUACCCGAGGAUGCUGUGGAAAUGUGGAACAUGUGCUCUGCAGCCCCUUGGCUCCCAGUCACCGUCUUCCACUGCAGGGAAGCUGUUUCAUGUUAACUAGGUACGUAGUUGAGCCAAAGAAAAAGCAAGCUGUGAGUGUGAAGCCUCCUUUCCUCAGACCUGAUUUAUCUGAGCGACAGAUCACAGUGAAGAUCAGUGACAACGGGAUCCAAGCCAACCUCAACCGGAGCAAGUCUAAAAUUAGCCUGGAAGGUCUGGAGGAUAAAAGUAUGGAUGUGCAACCACCUCUCCCACCCAAAGGAGAUCCAAGCAAGUAUUCUGAGCUAAAAGGGCAGCUGGGGACCAGUGAAGAAGGACGCCUUUCACCCAAACUUAUCAGCCCUCCUACACCUGCCAUGUACAAGUAUCGACCGGCUUUCAGCAACAAUCCUAAAGUCCACUACCAUGCUACGGCUGAGCAGAUCACCAUGCAGGAGGGACACAGUCAAGGGGCUCUGAUAGAAGAGGACGGCAGGAGCCUUGAUUACCAGUCCGAACCCAGCUUGGACAUCCCCAGCUACCGGAAGAGCUCCCUCCACAAGACUUAUCAGUCUUCCCCGCUCCAGAUAGAUUCCUUUGCCAUCAAUUCACGAUCCCUGAGCCUGAAAUCUGCUGGCAGGAGAGGGACAGACAAAGUGCCCCUUCAUCCAAUAAAGUCUGAAGGGGCGGCUUCCACCCCUUACAAAAGCAUCUUUUCUCCCAAUUCCCUGUCAAACAGAAAUGGGAGUCUUUCAUAUGACAGUUUGCUAAACCCCAUGUCGCCCUCGGGGAGGAAGUGCAUCGCCCAUUCUGCGGUCAGCUCCAUCGGGUACCACUCCCCAUAUUUAUCAGCCAAAAUGUGCCAUCUACGGGGGAGCGAGCUGCAACGCCAACCACCGCAGAGCUUCAGCCCAGUGCUGGGGGGUCCAGCUCCACAUCAGCGAGACCCCUCCCCGGUCCGCUAUGAUAACCUUUCCAAAACCAUUAUGGCAUCCAUCCAGGAGAGGAAAGAGAUGGAAGAGAGGGAGAAGCUCCUCCACUCGCACCCUGAUUCAGUGUUUGCAGACUCCGGUGUCUAUGACACCCCUAGCUCUUACAGCCUUCAGCAAGUCAGCACACUCUCUGAAGACCCACGCAGCAUGGCAAUGAGAUACGGAUCUAGGGACAAUCUGAUGGCUGCUACCAGUUUUAGCACAAGGAACCCUAUACUGCAGUCCUCAGUGUCUUCACUCUCAAGUGCAAUGACAAGAGCACCAAGGACUUCCACAACCUCUCUGCAAGCUGAUUUAGCUAAUAAUAAUGUCCAGUCCCAUCAAGCACUACAGGGCAGGGUGAGCAACGGCUCCUACAAAUCCCCAGGCCACCAGGUCCCGUCAUCCCCCACAGGGAUGCCUAGGUCACCCUCUUACGGAGGCCCAAAGGCUGUCUCGUUUGUAAACACUGUGGAAAUUACAGAGGUGCAAUCAGUGGGAGCACAAAGGGAUGACAUGCAGUUGAAGACACCUCACAGUAAAAUAAAUGGACAGCCAAAAGGAAUAUCCAGGUUGGGUUCAACAUCAAGUUCCCAGGGGACGCCUGUCAGCCCUGCUAGACACUCAAACGUUAAGAAGGUGUCUGGAGUUGGUGGAACAACCUAUGAAAUUUCAGUGUAAAAUAAAAUUAAUUAAAAAUAAAGAGCCAUCCACUCAGCCAGCCAUGAAGCUAGGAGCACUGUGAAGACUCAAAUAACAACAAAGAAGGAGCAGCAGCAGCCGGCCACUCUCCUUUUCUUGUUUUGGGUUUGUUCUGUUUUCUUCUUUCUCUUUUGGCCAAAAACCAGCUGCAGCCUUAUUCUUGAGGGAAUAAAAUUGUACAGUCCAUCAGAUUCUUCCUGAAGCGACAGGCGGGAACUGGCUACGACCUAACACCACAACCACAGAGCGGAUUUCUUUCAUGCAAGAGAGCGCUAAAGCCAUUGUGCGUGUGUCUGUCCAACAAACCUCUUGUGUACCAGUUGUGCUGUGAAAAAGUAUGGUCAGUCCAGGAUCAUUCAGUUUUUCCCAUGCCCCUUCCCAGUUCUUCUGGCCAGCGAUGUGUCCAGCGGGAGUCAGAGGCCCAACUGCUGUUUUCCUACCGACAUGGAAAGCAGGCUUCCUGUGCAGGGCAGUCUGUGUGUGCGAGAACUGCUCUGUGUCCCCAAGGCAUUGCAGGUCUAGUUCCUCCUCCUGGAAGGAACAAGGCAAGGGCACUUGGGCCACGAACGCUGUGUCGUCUUUAAAAGCCUCCCUACUCCCUGGUCCUGGAUGGGAGCAGGAGAAAGGAUAGCAACAGCUUCUCACUGUCUGCCAUUUGCCUCCCUGUGUGUGAAAUCGUGUGUGUGUGCGCGCGCGCGCGUGUUCGUCUCUCAUGGAAAACAACCGCACCACCAGUAAGGAUCUUCCACUCUGACCUCUUGCUCCCUCUGGUUUUUAAAGGCUUCUCUGACUCGGAAACAAAACCA